CCGAUUUGAUUUUGCCUGAUUUAGUUCUCAGUGCUCAAAGAACUUUCAACAAUUUUGCACGCUCUACAGGGGAUAGCAUAGCGCUGAGAAGUAUAAUGGGUUGUUGUUUGGCCACAAGUAAAUCUGUUGAUUUACCUCCUGUUCCCCCUGCGCCGGGCAAACAGCGUUCCACACUGCCGGAGUUCCCAGUGCCCACCACAUCUGCCCCAACAACAGGAGGAGGACCCAGUGGCGUUACGAAUGAUGCGCUGGAGGAUGACUAGCUAGCCAAUGGACAACUCGCAAAAAUGGAACCGAUUACGUAGAAGGAAAAAGUGGCAGUUUCAGCCAAAGGGGAAAAACGUUCGCAUGAGUCAUGCCCAUGCGGCAUGCGACUCUUGAGUUGUGGCUCAUUUCUUAGGACCAACUGUAAUUUUACUUUAAAUAGCUGGCCAAUGCAAUACUCAAUAAAAUGGAACUGAUUACGCAGAAGGAACAAAUUGA